AUGCCGUCGGUGCUGCCAACGACGAACGCCGUCGGGCCUUUCGCGCCGUCGCCGUCGCCGCCAAGACGCUUCUGGCAGCGCGCCUGUAUCGAAGUGCUCUUAGGCUACAGCUACAUUCUGCUCUCGCUCUUUUGCGGCGUGUGGUUUCUGCAGCAAAUCAACCCGAGUUUCUCAAACGACCUCUUUUGGGCGCACUACAACCUCAGUGGGUACGAAGCCUACCUCAUCGACGUCUCCAACGCCGUCUUGGCGACAACGGAAACAGGCAACAUCGACCUCCUCGCCUUGAGCAUGGACAAGGCGUACACGUCGCCCAUCUCGUCGACGCUCGUCUACACCACGUACGCGCGGUCGCUCGCCCUCACCGCGUUUACCAGCAUCGAGUACGCUGUGCCCAAUGUGCGCAACAUGUCGAUCAGUGCGGUCAAGAACCCGAACGCGCAGCUGUGCUGGGUCGACUUUGACAAACAAUGGGAGCUUGCGCAUACGAUCCGACGGCAAGACCGCUGUGCGCAACGCUAUGUCGCGAAUGCUGCCGUCUAUUACGAAGCCUACCUCCGCAACACCAACAUGCCGGCCUUUCUGCGCAAGUUUGGCACCCCCGGCAAUGAGUUUUACGUCGCAAUCCUGACGGCGAUUCUGGCGUCACCAAGCGGCCCAAGCUGGCUCGACGCCGUGUCGACCGCACUCCCAACAACGUCGGUGGAACAAGAAGUCGCCUACUGGCGCCAAGUGCCUUUGACCGAGUUUGUCUACGUGUGGCAAAACUCGGGUAUCACGGGCAUUGCCGAGACGCUCAUCAUUCGAAAUGCCCUUGGGAUCGACGAGACGUACACGGCCAAGAACGUCGCUUACGCCAGUGGUCCUUGGACCUCGAGCAAUUUGUACUUUCUGCUUGGAAACGACUGGUGGAUCAUGCAGCUGACCAACCAAAGCCUCGUGCGGGGUGCGACUAACUAUUUUGGACUUGUCGACACGUUUGAAGUCUACGGCGGGUACAUGAACAAUGCCGACGGCACCGGCUACGUUGGCCCGACGGCGCUCGCCCGCGUGUACCUCGGGCCCUUUCUCUCGAUCGAUGCGCUGCUCGUACCAGUGCCUUCCGUGCUUAGAACGUACUACCGUAGAAUUCAAGCCUACAUGAUGACGGCCGUGCCAGGCGAAGCGUUUCGAGCACUUCCCACGGUGACCUUGGCGCCGUUCCCGCCACCGUGGCGAAGCGAUGCAUACGAGUUUUAUGGCGGCAACAUUUUAUGCUUGGGCGGUGGUCCACUGCCCUUUGUGCAAGAGAGCUUUAGCACCGACGACGGCUGCGUCACGCAGGCGCCGCUUCGCGUCCCCGCGAGUCGCUUCUCUCUCCUCUUUGCCAGGGCCGCCAUGAAGGCAGCAUCCUGGAACGUGCGCGCUAUCUGCGCACUCCAAAGCGACAACCGCUGUGCGUCGACGUUGCAACCGCUCGAACCGCUGCUUGCUUCGUCACCACCCCCAGAUAUGAUGCGUGAGCUCACCGAUAUCACAGAGACCAUCGUCGCCCUCAACGUAACGCUCAUGCAGUUUGCCACCCCGUUGACCAACAGCAGCGACUAUCAACUGCUUCUGCACCCGCUGCUCGCUGACGACGCGUGGUCUUUCUACGGCUGGCUCAUGCUCUGCGACUGGGUCGAAGGCAAGCGCGAGGUCGUGUCGUUUCAAGGCGACGCUGCUACGAUGGUGUUGAUCUCGGCAGCGUACACACCCGUGAGCUACUCGACGGGCGUCGGCACGCGCUACCUGAGCAACGCCAACGAAAUCUUGUUCUACUUGGUCAACUACAUGUCGGCCGUGCUCACCGUGGUCGGCUUCGUCUCGGUGCUCUAUGGCCUCUCGCUGCGCGGUCGGCUCGUCGCGGCCAACCUCUUGUAUUUCAACCGGCUCGUUGGCUCCGUGUGGGUUGGGCGACCGAUUUUGCUCUUGCGCGGUUUUGCGGCGACGCUCCUUCUCAGCACAUCGCCGAUCGCACUCUCGACGUCGUCCAACGGGUCGACGUCGUUUGCGAUCGUCCAGCGCUCGAUUUUUGACAAAUUUGUCCUCACGGGCGAGGCGUGCUGGAUGAACUACGUCAUCACCGACAUUUGCCUCCUGUUUUCGUCGUCAUCGCCGCCGCGCCUUGCGCAGUUGGCCACAUACCUCUUGUGGCUCUCGUUUUUUGUACUCGAGUCAGUCUAUCCCAUGGGACCCACGAUGCAAAUCGAGCGACAUUGCAGCGCCACCGAUAUGGACCGUUCACUCCAGUGUCAAAGCGGAGUCGUUGAGAUUGGCCGCAUCGGGCGCGUGCUCUGGCUCGUCUCUUCCCAGCUCGUGGUCAUCGUAGUUGCCUUCAUUCUCGGUCGGCUCUCUCAAAUGGCUCGUGUUCGCCCGACACCAACGAUCGCGCUUCGAGAAGGGCAGCACCACUUGCUCGUCUCGUCGGUCGCCCACGCCUUUGUGGCCUCGUCCGACGCCACCACAUGGGCACUCGAUGCGGUCUCGUGCCUCCUCUGUGGCUUGGUGCCGCUUCGCUUCCGUGGCCAAGGCUACCUCUUUGAUUUGCGCUUGUGGCUGCUCGUCCGUGACGGAGACGGCAACCACGUGAUACCGCUGGCGUCACCUCCCGUCGACGCCCUUGUCGCAGCGAAACCUGCAGCCGCCGUAGACAAUCCUACCGCGUCGCGCAAGUGGCACCACGAAAACAACCCGGUCUUUGCUGUCCUUGGGUUUGUGUACAUCAUUUUGGCCAUCAUCGGUAGCGUCUCGUACUUUGAAGUAUCCCGCGUCAACUUGGCCAACGAUCUGUCGUGGGCGACGUUCAACAUGACUGGCGCCCAUGCGUUUAUCGCAAAUUACCUCAACGAGUUUACGCUCUAUUUGCCGCCGGCAGUGCAAACGCCCUUUCAUCUCGACGACAUGGGGCUCGUACUACCAGGUGCGUACAACGAUUCGACGGGCGUCGUCAUUUCGUCGAGCCUCCACCCGUCGAUCGUGCAGUACACGUUGCUCAACAGCACUGCGGCGGCGAUCCGCGAUCUUCGCAGGACGAGUGCUUGCAAUGUUCCCUGGAUCUUUACUGCCUACUGCUUUGUCGACUUUGCGAAAACGUGGAGCGUGGCCGCGACCGCGUCGCGCGCUGCACGCUGCGACACCAUGGCGUCCAACGGCGCCGUGUACCUCGAGGCAAUCUUGCGCAAUGUCGCCUGGAGCGCUUGGCUCUCUUGUGGCUACGGCGAGGCCUUUGACAACGCCUUUGGAGCCGAGCUGGCAACGACAAGUGCAGGCCAGCGCUGGCUCGCGACCGUCCAAACCGACGCGCUUGCACCUUUGUCAGUCGAAGUCGACCACUGGAUGGUGGCGCGCAUCACCUCGUACUCGCUGCAAUGGCAAACCUUCAAGAAGCUCGGCUUGAUCAACAAGUAUAGCAUCAGUAAUGCGUACGGCGAAGUGUACCCGCUGACACUCCAGGCGACCAACGGCUCGUUUCAUGCCACCCGCGCCACGUCGUACAAGAUGUACUGGGGGCUCGCCAACGACUUGGUGGCCGUGGCGGCCAAUGCAACGACGGGCAUUGCGGGCCAGAGUUUGGUUCGGUCCAGUGCCAAUUUUGCCUACACCAACACCUCGGCGACCUCUGUGCUCGUGGCGGCUGGUGCACUUCUGUCGCCGCUGACGCGCGCGAUGGCACUGGUGCAAAAUACUAUACUGGGGCCAUUUGGCGCGAUCGAUGUCUACUAUGUGCCCGUUCCCAAUAGCCUCAAAAUCGCGGUGCAGCAGCUCAAAACAUACGUGCGCCUUCGACUCCGACAAGAAGUGCAGUGCCAAAAGCUGUUUGCCAACAUUUCAACGAUCGACUCGAACCUCGUCAUUCCAGCUGCGUGGGCUGACGUUGGGUUUUUCUCGACAGGCGGGUCCUUGCUGUGUGACGACGGCAGUCCACAGCCGAUUGCGGCGGGGACCCGCACACUUCUCUCUCGCGGCCAGUGCCCGACCUCGAACGCGCUCAGCAGCAUUGGCAUGUCGGCCACGUACCUCGUCUUGGCGGCAGUGCUGAGCAACCUUCCGUCGCUUCUCGCGAUCCCCGGCAUGGACUUUGCAACGAUCUGCGCGCAGUCCAGCACGAGCCCGGUAGCGUGUGCGCGGUACCUCAACGCGACCAUGGCCUUUUUACCGGCGUGCGUGGCGGCGGGGUACUCUGCCUACACCCCGCUGCUGGCCCACGCGCGGUCGGACAUUCAAGCGCUCAACAUUUUGUUCAUGCAAAUGGGCGUCGCCAACCUCUCGGCGCCAUUGAGCAUGUACACAUCGCAGCUCCUGGACCCGAACGACCGUCGAUUCGACUUUUUUGCGUGGUUUUACCUCUACGAUUGGAGCCGGGGCACGCGCGAAGUCGUGUCGUUUCAAGGGGAUGUCGGCAACGUCACCGUCCUCUCCGACUACACGUCGCUCGUGGCGCGCGAGGCGCAGCGCUGGGAACUCUCGACCAUCGUGGCCUCGUACGCCCGUGCGUGCGUCCAGUACGUGACCUUUGUGAUGAUCUGCGUCGCGAUCGUCGUUGGCAUGUACAUACUCUCGAGCCGGGGGCACGUCGAGGGGCUCAACAUGCUCGUGCUCAACCGCGUCGGUGGCAUCGUCUGGGUCGGUCGGCCGCUCCUCUUUGUCCGCAGCUUGACAGCUGUCUGUCUCCUCUCGACCGGCACACUCGAACUCGUGUAUGAUGGCGGGUACAGCUUUUUUCAAAGCGCAACGAAUCCGUGGUACAAGACGUGGCUCGCGGCGAGCGAAGUGACGUGGCUACUGUCGGUUGUCAACGACAUUCUCAUGGUCAUCACGCUCGAGUACACGCCGUACUGCGCGACGCCCAACAGUCUUCUCGUCUGGCUUGUCGCGGCGAUUCUGAGUGCGACGUACCCGGUAUCGCACUCGGCGAUGCUAUCGACCGAUGCGUGCUACGCCGCCGAAGUCGAUUUUCAGCUCAUUUGCAACUCGGCGACCAUUUACAUUGGUAGCACGAGCCGGCUCUGGACACUCAUCGGCGUCGUCGUCGCCUGCAACAUUGUGGUCUACGUCGUUGUCCGCAUGACGCUCACGGAAGCGCCGCGCAGUGACAUCAACUCGCUCUUUCUCUAUGCCGGUGCGCGGUACCUCUUCUGGCAUUCGAAAUGGAAGUACGACGACGUCUACUACCUCGACAAAGCGUCCGCGGUCCUCAACGGCAUUUUGCCGCUGCGCUGGCGCGGCCGGCUCUACGCCUUUGACAUCAAACUGUGGCGCAUUUUUGCACUACCGUCGCCGGCGUCGGUGCCGCGCGGCCACGCGUUUUACGAAGCCUCGCAGGCGGCGCUACCGUUGGUCGAGUAGCCACCAAGCCACCGAUCGCGACGGGUCUGUGACGACGCCACCCAUCACGCACAGUACGAGCGACGCGAUCUUGCCGACGUGCGUUUGUUUAAUCAAUGCAUUUUUCAUAAGGACAUUAUUGGCAUAGCUACAAUACUC